UCGCCAAAUCCAUCAACUCAAACUUAGCCAAGCAAUUGCAAAAGCUUCUCAAACCCACAAACUCACAUUCCACUCACCGAAACCGCAAACCUUUCCUACCUUAGAAAUGGCUCCUAUCAUGGCCGUCGCUGAUGCUGCCGAUAAUGGUGUCGUGAAGCUGAAGCCCGAGAACCAGCCUAGCUGUGCCUAUGUGACGUUUUUGGCCGGAAACGGCGAUUACGUGAAGGGUGUGGUUGGCCUGGCCAAGGGACUGAGGAAGGCGGAGAGCAAGUACCCGCUCGUGGUGGCGAUCUUGCCAGAUGUGCCGGUGGAUCACCGGAAGAUCUUGGUGGACCAGGGUUGUAUCGUGAGGGAGAUCGAGCCUGUGUAUCCGCCGGAGAACCAAACUCAGUUUGCCAUGGCUUAUUAUGUGAUCAACUACUCCAAGCUCCGAAUUUGGGAGUUUGUGGAGUAUGAUAAGAUGAUCUAUUUGGAUGGAGACAUCCAAGUCUUUGACAACAUAGACCACCUCUUCGACCUCCCGGACAGCUUCUUCUAUGCGGUCAUGGACUGCUUUUGCGAAAAGACAUGGAGCCACACCCCUCAAUACGAAAUCGGGUACUGCCAACAAUGCCCGGAUAAGGUCCAAUGGCCUGACCACGUUGGCCCGAAGCCUUCUCUCUACUUCAACGCCGGCAUGUUCGUGUACGAGCCAAACCUCUACACUUACCACGAUAUGCUCGAAACCCUCAAGAUCACACCGCCAACUCCAUUUGCCGAACAAGACUUCUUGAACAUGUAUUUCAAGGACAUUUACAAACCAAUUCCUAACGUUUACAACCUUGUGCUUGCGAUGUUGUGGCGUCAUCCCGAAAAUGUCGAGCUGGACAAGGUGAAGGUUGUUCAUUAUUGUGCCGCUGGGUCGAAGCCGUGGCGGUACACAGGUGAGGAACAACACAUGGAUCGAGACGAUAUCAAGAUGCUGGUGAAAAAUUGGUGGGAUAUUUACGAUGAUGAGUCCCUGGACUACAAGAAUAUUGUCACAAGAGAUGCAGCGGCGAAGCAAACAAAAUGGGAUCGAUUCCUUGCGGCGUUGGCCGAGGCCGGAGCUUUCCGCUUCGUUACUGCCCCGUCCGCGGCCUAGUCGCGUGUAAUUAGGGCUUUCUUUUUUUAAGUGUGUAGAGCAAUUAAAGAGUCAGCUACGAUUGCAAUUGGUAGCUCUCUUUUUUUGAAAGGGAAGGGUUUUAUUUUCCCUUUCAUCUCCUUGAUUUGGGGCUUGAAGAUAAAUUUUUCUCUUAAUUAUUUUUCUUUUUGUUU